CAGAAAUAAGAAUAUAAUAAAAUUAAAUAUUAAAUGGCGGUGUUUGUUUAAAAUUAUAUAUAGACAGCUUUAGCUAAUUAAAGUUGGUUACACGGUGAUUGUGCGGUUAAAGCGAUUUGCGAAAAUAAAGGCCGAAAACCGAACGCGUGUGCUUGUCUGUUUCGACGAACUUGUGUCUGUGUUUGUGUAAACGACGUCCCAGCAGCACGCAAUAAGAACGAAAAAGCAAAAAGAGACAACGAGGACUACGUCAAAGUUGGAAGAAGCAGAAACAUACACUGCGAAAAGAAAUCACAAAACACACUGAAAAGUAUUAAACGCGCAACAAUUUCGGUUUUAAGCAUUUGAACUAAAAUAUAAAAAAUAAACUGAAACAUGACUGAGGUAGAGCAACCGCCACAAAACGGCAUAGAUCCAACCGCGGGUGAGGAAGAUGAGAACAGUAAAGCACGUCCCGCGGACAUUGAACAGGACAUGCGGGAAAUGGAGCGACGCAAGCGUGUCGAGGCCAUCAUGGGAUCGAAGCUGUUCCGUGAGGAACUGGAGCGCAUUGUGGAUUCGGCACGCGAGGGCGGCGCAGGUGCCAGUGGCAUAUUGCAGCAAUUGUCUGAUAUUGUGGGCGUGCCCGUUAACCGAGUAAGCAAUGUCUUUAAGAGCAGCAGUUGCAUGGUGCCCAUCAACGAUAUACGCGGCGUGGAAUCGUUGGGCUAUGCCAAGGGCGAGAAGAUACUCAGGUGCAAACUUGCUGCCACAUUCCGGCUACUAGACCUGAACGGCUGGACACAGGGUCUGGGAGCACAGAUCACGGCCCGCCUAAAGGUCGAUCAGGAGUACUUUUUGGUCAAUCCGUAUGGACUAUUGUACCAUGAGGUCACCGCCUCUUCCCUCAACAAAGUCGACAUGCAGGGCCACAUUGUCGAACAGGGCACCACCAACUUUGGGGUGAACAAGAGCCACUUUGUCUUGCAUUCGGUGGUUCAUGCAGCGCGUCCCGACAUCCGUUGCGCCAUCUAUAUUGGCUGCAGUCCCGUGGUGGCCAUCUCCUCGCUGAAGACAGGCCUGCUGGCCCUCACCAAGGAUGCCUGCGUGUUGGGCGAGAUUAGCACACACGCUUACACCGGUUUGUUUGACGAGGAUGAGCGCAACCGUUUGGUCCGCAACCUGGGUCCCAACUCUAAGGUUAUUCUGCUGGCCAACCACGGCGCCUUGUGCUGCGGCGAGACCAUCGAGGAGACGUUCUUUGCUGCCUGCCACAUUGUGCAGGCGUGUGAAACGCAGCUGAAGCUGCUGCCAGUUGGCAUUGACAACCUCGUGCUCAUACCUGAGGAGUCGCGCAAGCUUAUCUAUGAGCAGUCGCGUCGCCCACCAGCGGACUUGGAAAAGAAAUUUGCCGCCAUUACAACUGAUGAGGAUGGCGCCGCUUCCAGCAAAGAGGAACCUACGCCUAAAAUAGGUAAUCCGCCCAAGUGGCGUGUGGGUGGUGCGGAGUUCGAAGCACUCAUGCGGAUGCUCGACAAUGCCGGUUAUCGCACUGGGUACAUCUACCGCCAUCCGCUGAUCAAAUCGGAUCCGCCAAAGCCUAAGAACGAUGUAGAACUGCCACCAGCUGUGUCCUCAUUAGGCUAUCUGCUUGAGGAGGAGGAGCUCUUCAGACAGGGCAUCUGGAAGAAGGGUGAUCUGCGCAAGGGCGGCGAUCGCAGUCGCUGGCUCAACUCGCCCAAUGUUUACCAGAAGGUCGAGGUACUGGAAACUGGCACUCCAGAUCCCAAGAAAAUCACAAAGUGGGUAGCCGAAGAUUCGCCCACCCAUUCGACGCCGGUGCGAAUCGAGGAUCCGUUGCAAUUUGUGCCAGCUGGAACCACAACCAAGGAGUUUAAGCGGGUCCAACAGCAAAUCAAGGACAAUCGACGCGCGGACCUUAUUUCCGCUGGCCCACAAUCGCACAUACUGGAGGGCGUUACCUGGGAUGAGGCAAAUCGCAUCAAAGAUGCUACUGUCUCGCAAACUGGUGACCAUGUGGUGCUAAUGGGUGCCGCCUCCAAGGGCAUCAUACAGCGCGGAUUCCAACAUAAUGCGACAGUCUAUAAGGCGCCCUAUGCCAAGAAUCCCUUCGACAAUGUGACAGACGAUGAGCUCAACGAAUAUAAACGUACCGUGGAGCGCAAAAAGAAGAGCAUUCAUGGUGAAUAUACCGACACAGACUUUUCGGAAUCGGAGGCACUCAACUCGAUGCAGGCGGCGGGUGCACAUGCACAUGCAAAACACGCACAGAGUGAGCCAGAAACGGAACACCAAGUCAUACAGAUUCAAACGCAGCAGGCGCCCAUUCCCAGCCAGGCUGAGGUCGUGCUGAGUGAUGCAAUGUGCUCAUAUUUGGCACACAAAUACUCUUUUCUCUAUGCGCCCGUGCAGCGCUACUUGGACGCAUGUGUUGCACGGCUUCAGUGCGUCCAGGCUAAUGUAAUAUACAAAAUCGAUGCCUCAUAUAGGCACAACUAUCCGCUGCUGAGCAGCAGCCACAACGGCACCUUGAACAACACCCAGACAGGGGUCGGCGGGGAGGAGAGCUUCGCUGUGAAUCUGGCUGCCAGCAGCACACCUGUGCAGGCCAGCAGCAGGCAAUGGGCAGGUGACAGCAGCUAUACUAGCAUAAUGAAUCCGACAGCUGCACCGUUUCGCACCUUCUCGCACUACGGCUUCAACUGUCCCCUGGCGAAUGCGCCCAGCAUCCCGCUGCAUCCGGCCAACCAGAGCAUCUGGCAGACGGUGUCCGAGCAGCGCGAGCGAGUCGUCUCCUUUAUAGACCUGGCCAAUCUGAGCUUUGCCAAGCGCCGGAUGCUUAAUGUGCUCAACGCGAGCGGCAGGCGUCCGGCCGCAGCGUUAGCCGAGACAUCGUCGCCCUCAUACGUUUCCGAGAUGCAGAUACAACUGGAGCGGACGCCGUCGCGCAAGCAGCGCAAUAACAGUGCGGCAACCAGCAGCAGUUGCCAGCAGAGCGCCGACGACUCGCUGGACGAGCUGACCGCGCAGUUCAGCUCCAUGCUGAGCAUACACGAACCGCACAUGAUUGCCCAGCCGGAGCCGGACCGCGACGAUGACAGCAUGUAUCCCAGCACUUAUACGCUGCGCAGCUUUCUGCCGGACAAUCAUGCGCUGCCCAAGGAUGACGGCAUAGCGACCGACAAGCCGGAGGCUGAGCAGGCCAUGUACCAGAACGGCGACGACAGCGGAUUAGGCGGACUAACCGGCAACAGCAAUAACAUAAAUAGCAGCGGGGCUGGGAGACGCGAGCGCCAUUGCACCACCAGCAAUGACUCCUCCACCCAGGAGGCGGAGGCGUACAGUCAGGGCAAGCAUAUUAGGCUGACACUGAGCAGCUCACCGGAGGCGGAAUCUCAGCUGAAAAGCUCCUCGAUCGAGAUUCUGAUCAAUGUCUCGUUGCGCAACACGGAGUGCGUGCAGUCCGUGCAGGCACACGAGCAGGAGUUCCGCUCCAAGCUGGAGAAGGUCAUCGACGACGAGAUUCACUAUAUAUCGCAGCAGCUGGCGAUGCAGCAGCGCACCGUACAUCUCUUGCAGUCAUCGGAGCAGCCCUCCCGUGCCCCGCUUGCCUCGCCCACCGCCUCCACGUCGCUGUUGCAGCGCUGCAACUCGGCGCCGGCGCUUUGCCACACCUACAGCUAUGUGGCGCUGGCCGGUUCCGAUACGCCCCCGCCACUGGCGCCGCCAACGACGCCAACGUCCGCCUCGCACAGCUAUCCCGAGCCGGAGGCACUGCAGCGUCUGCUCAGCACGCUGGAGCACGAGCUGCAGCAUCUGCUGAAUAGCAUCAUACGCGCUCACGAGCUGCAUAAUCGUGCCGUCAUCUAUGACUGUCGCACGCGCAUCUCCCAGAUGCGGGACGAUAUUAAGGGCGUGGUGAGGCGAGCCCGGGCCAAGUAGGCUCCAUCUAGGCAGUCCAUUCCUUUUAAUCGAUCCAACUAUUACUCAACUUGGCACUUGAACAUUUGUUUUUUGUUAAUAAUUUUAAAAGUUCAUCAUUGAAUUGUCUUUUCUGUUAUUUUUCUUUACCUACAAAAUUUUGGCCAUGUAUUAUAAUUAAGCACAAUAUAUUCUUAAGAUACUUUGAUUCUUCAAGCUAUAAUAAAUGUCCUGCGCAAGCUUUAUUCUCUAUAUUA